AUGAUCAAAUUACUACCAACACCUGGUUCGACAAUCGCCCAAGGAGAAAAUAUACUUGGAAGAGUCCCGGAGACAAUAAACAUCAUAGAAAUCACUGAAAAAAGGGCUUGUACAGUUUCUGGAUGCAUAAAAGCUAAAUUCGGUGAAGCAAUCUUAGAGAAAGAAAAACGCUCCUCAAUGAAUUUUGAAAACAGAUGGGUCUUGAGAUCCGCUCUGAACUUCGCAAGUGAUGGAGAAGUAGUCAGAGAAGUAGCCAAUGCAAGAGAACAAGAUAUGGAGAUAUAUGAGAAAAGAAAGGGGCACGAGCAACUAGACGAGCAGCAGAAUGGGAUAGUUGUUGAAGAAAUUGAAUGCCUUGAUGAAUUUGGCAUUGAAAAAGUGACAGAAGUUUUAAAUCAGCUGUUAAGUGCAAAUAAAAAGUCGUGA